AUGAACGACACGGAACGCGCUGUAGCGGUGAACGCCACCUCGUACGAGAUCUCCAAUGUGGCUCGACAGUUCCUCGUUGGAGACACGUACUACCCGUUGAACCCGGGUCCUGCCAUGUCGAUUCCGUCGCUGUACUACACGACGUUGAUGUCUCAAGUGGCAACUUUAUCUGCACUGGAAAACCCCAACGCUACGACAAUCCAGGCGACGCUGCAAGGGUUAGGACCCUACAAGUCACUAGAGAGCUUCAAGGCCGGCUAUGACGUUCUCCAGAGUGCCGGACUGAUCGACACGCCUCAAGCCUUCGACAAUAGCGACGAAAACUUCGGUGCUAUGCGUCUUGGCAUUCGAGGCUACAAGAUUAAGCUCGUGAAUGGAUGCGAGUGGUCGGAUUUGCUCGACAGUCUCUCAGACUCGUUGGUGCUGGAACAGUGCAAUGAUCCCACUGUCGACGCUGCCAUUUCGAACCACAAGGUCUUCGUGCAAGACUUCUCAUCUAUGGGACAGUAUACGGACUCCAAUAAGACCGAAUCGAAGUACGCACCCAAUGUCGUGGGGUUCUUCUGUAACAACGACGCCAAGGGUCUACUACUGCCUUUGGCUAUCAAGAUUGUGGAUACGGGACUCACGUACACGAAAGAGGACUCUGCGGGAGAGUGGCAGCUCGCCAAGAUGGCGCUAGAUGCGACGGAGCUCAACUUUCAGCAGAUGUUUCACCUGGUGCAUACACACAUGGUGUCCAUCCCGAUCCAAGUCGAGAUGAUGCGUAGUAUGGCGACGGAACACCCGAUUUACGCACUACUGGACUACCACUUCUUCGGUGAUAUGGCACUGGAGUAUCUAGGCGGAGUGAUCCUCUUCUCAGUUGACUCACCGUACGACCAGUCAAUGGCGUUGGGUGCCAGUGGAUCCAUGCGCUACAUCUACGAUGAGUUCUCGAACACGUCAAUGAAAAAUGAUUUCCCCGCUGAAAUCGCAAAGAAUGGACUCGAGUAUCUACCGAAUCACCGCUACGUUAAGUAUGGUGCGACGUACUAUUCCAUCAUUAAGACCUUUGUCACGUCCUACGUGAAAGCGUACUACGACUCGGAGGAAGCGAUCCAGAGCGAUUCAGAGUUACAGACAUGGGCAGCUCGUGCGUCGGUUGUGAGGGGAGUCAACGACUUCCCUUCGGCCUUCUCGGGCUACGAUGAUCUCGUUAAGCUCGUGACUAAUCUGGUAUUCCAGAGUGAAAUCAAACACCAUUUCAUGAAUGGACGAGUGUCGUGGCACAUACAAGCGGCACCGUUCAGUGCACCAGCGCUCUACAACACCUCGCUGCCCACUGAAAAGGGUGUGGACGUCGACGUAUUCGACUACGUGGUUCCAUCAGACGUCUUCCCGUUGUUGUCCUACAUGGCGGUGCGGUUCUACCGUCCGAUUCCAGCUGCCAAGUCAGUGUUGAGUGCAUACACCACAUCGCCGUUCUCCGACGAGACCGUUCUGCAGGAUGCUAUUGCCCAAUUUCAACAGAGCAUGGCAGCCAUGGAAAUUAUUGUCGACUUGAUUGAGGCUGAGGAGAAGUACCCGGAUAUGUUCGUUAAGCCAUCGAUGUUGCCUUGGUUCUCGUACAUCUAA